AUGUCUAGAUAAGAAUUUAAAAAUUGCUCAUCCUAGCAAUCAGCGUCAUCAUUUCGAUAAGAAUCAGAAUAUUCCAUAUACCAUAAAGUAGUUUUAGGAGAUGGUGUAUUUUAUAAAUGAAUUUUUAGAUUCCAUCUAUCAGGGAGAAUGGCAGAAUAAUUUGAGACAUGGCAAAGGAAUUUAAAUAUAUCCCAAUGGUAAUUUAGCAAAUCUAAAAAAGGAAUUAUUUUUGAAGGAAUUUGGGAUGUUCAUAAAAUAGUUGGAAAAGUUAUUAAGAUCGAUGGUGAGAUAAUAGACUGUGUUAUUGAGAAUAAUUAAAUUGUUUAGAGUUCAAAAAUAAUCCCGCAAGAAGACUCAGAGCAUCUACUAAAUGAAUAACUAAGGAAAAUUUACACAUCAGAAAUAAUCGCAUAACUAAUAAAAAACAAUAAUAACUUUUAAUAAAUCAUUUCAGAUGGAAUUGAAUAUUAGGGUCAAAUACUAAAUGAAAUGAAGCAUGGUUUGGGAGUUGCCAAAUUUUUAGAUGGUAUUAAAGAUUGCUAAACAACAUUAGGUUCUGUUUAUGAAGGUCAAUGGAAAGAAAAUAAAUAGCAUGGAUAUGGAAGGAAAACCUAUCAGAAUGGGGACACCUAUAGUGGAUAUUGGUACGAAGGAGAAAUAUAUGGCUACGGAGAAUACCAUUAUCAGUAAGGAGCCACUUAUGUUGGAUAUUGGAAAAAUGGUUUAAAACAUAUCUAUGGAAAGGAAUCCUGGGUUGACGGAGCCUCAUAUGAGGGAGAAUAUUAUGAAGAAAAGAAGAAUGGGAAAGGUAAGCUCAUUUUCCAAGAUGGAUCCAUUUAUGAAGGGGAAUUUGAGAUGGAUGACAUACAUGGAUAUGGACAAUAUCAUUGGAUAGAUGGAAGACAAUAUGUCGGAGAUUGGGUAUAUAACAAGAUGUGGGGCAUAGGCAAGACAACUUGGGCUGAUGGUCGAUCCUAUGAAGGAGGGUAAUUGCAUUGAAUUAUGAUAGUUAUAUGGAUGAUAAAAAAUAAGGAUUAGGAACAUUUAGUUGGAAUGACGGUAGGAAAUACAUUGGAGAAUGGAAAUAGGGAAAAUAACAUGGCAUUGGGUUGUACUAGGCUCCUUCUGGCGAAUAUAGAUAUGCAGAGUGGGCGGAAGGGAAGAGAGUCAAGUGGUUGGACAUAAAGGAGGAUAAGGAAAUAAUUGAUAAUUUCUUGCAUAAGAAUACUGAGAUUGAACAAAAAAACGGAUCAUUUUACAAUAGUCAUAUAUCAGAUUCAUCUAUGAACGGAAGCGAUAGAUCUCCUGGCAAAAAGGUGUAUUAGUUAACAUUGUCAGAUAGUAAAUAUUAAGCGAAUGAUUAGAGAGUAUUUACAUAGGAGAGUUGUUUAAGUAGAAGAGGGAAGGAUGGGGCAAAUUGAUAUGGAAAGAUGGUAAAUUAAUGAAUGAUAAAAUUAUUUAGGAUCAAUUUAUGAUGGAGAGUGGAAAGAUGAUGAAUGUAAUGGAUUUGGAAGAUAUAUUAGUUGCGAAGGUGAUGUGUAUGAAGGAGAAUGGAAACAUGAUAAGGCUAAUGGAAAUGGUAUAUUUACCAACAGCGAUGGUGUUAUUUAUGAGGGACAUUGGAAGAAUGAUAAAUAAAAUGGAUAUGGCAAAUAAAAAUGGCCUGAUGGGCUCUAUUAUGAAGGUUAAUAUCUUGAUGGGAAGAAAUAAGGAUUUGGUAAGAUGAUAUAUCCUGAUGGGUCCUAUUAUCAAGGAACUUUUGUGAAUAACUAAAUAGAUGGAGAGGGCUUACAAGUAAAUAUAGAUGGAACUAGAUAUGAAGGCUCUUUUAAAAAUGGGGUAAAACAUGGAAGAGGAACUCUGAUAAGUCCAGAUGGAAACAUAUUUAUUGGAAAGUAAAAUGAAAAUUAUGUAAGUUUAGUUUUGAGUUAGACAAAUAAGUUGGAGAAGGAAGGGUGGAAUACCAUAAUGGUAAAUUAUUUUUGGGAGAAUGGGUGAAUGGGUAGCGUCAUGGUAAAGGAAAGUAUAUCUACAAGGAUGGCAGAGUCGUCGAUUGCAUGUGGUAUAAAGGAAUGAGGAUAGAAAAAUGA